CACAGCUGUCUGCAGCCGGAAACACGUGACGGGCAGCAGCUGCAGCUUCCUGGGCGGAGACAGCCGAGCAGCCGCGCGUGACUUCGGUUACCGCCAAACUUUAAAAACAACAAGGAGCGUUUCCUCUGCAGCAGCAUUGAUUAGCAAAGAAGUUCUUAUUUAUGUGCCCAAAAAUGUCUUUCACCCCGAAGAGACCGUGUCCCGACUCCAUGAACGGCUCAAUGGAGAAAAGGAUACACCGGAUAUCAAUCGAGGGGAACAUUGCGGCGGGCAAAUCUACCUUUGUGCGCCUUUUGGAGCAGGAGAGCGGGGACUGGGAGGUGGUACCAGAGCCAAUCGCCAGAUGGUGCAAUGUCCAAACAAAAGGCAGUGACUUUGAGGAGCUGACCACAUCUCAGAGGAGUGGAGGGAAUGUGCUGCAGAUGAUGUACGAGAAACCGGAGAGGUGGGCCUACACGUUCCAGAGCUACGCCUGUAUCAGCCGGGUGCGUGCUCAGAUCAGGUCAGCCAACGGGAAGCUCCGAGAAGCCGAGAAUCCUGUGCAGUUCUUCGAGCGGUCCAUCUACAGUGACAGGUACAUCUUCGCAGCCAACCUCUACGAGAGCGAGUGCAUGGAUGAGACUGAAUGGUCCAUCUACCAGGACUGGCACAGCUGGCUGCACACACAGUUUGGCAAGAACAUCGAGCUGGACGGUAUCAUCUACCUCCGAGCUACACCAGAGAAAUGUUUAAAGCGGUUGCACCUGAGAGGCAGAGAAGAAGAGCAAAACAUCCCUCUGGAGUAUCUGGAGAAACUGCACUUCAAGCACGAGAGCUGGCUGCAGCACAAGACCAUGAACAUGGAGUUCGAGUAUCUCAGUAAUGUGCCAGUCUUGACCAUGGAUGUAAAUGACGACUUUAAGGGAAAUGACAUCAAGAGCGCUGACAUGAUCGAGAAGGUGAAGGAGUUCUUGAGCACGCUGUAAAGAUCACUCCGUGAUUGAAAAUAUAAUCUGUGCUUAAAGGAAGAAAACGUGGCUGUGUGUUUUUAUAAUUAUGAAAUGCAUCAAUGACUUAUUUUUCUCAUAAAUGAUCUGACCUGUUAUAUCUGUAUUUGUAAAUAUGUUGUGUGAGAAUGUAUGUCCAUUGGUUUUCACAUGUGACAAUAAACUUGAACUACUUUAAAAUAAU